UACGGCCAGGCACAGGGAUACCCUCCCCUGUACUACUUCAUUCGCCAGUUCACUCGCCAAAACCUGCACCCCUUUGUUCCAUACAAGGACGGGCCCGAGAUCCUCUUGACCUGUGGUUCUACUGAUGGCUUCUCAAAGACGUUGACUGCCCUCAGCAACGAGUGGUCAGCAGAACAUGACCCCGUCGAAGAGCGACCGGGUCUGCUCUGCGAAACAUACUGCUACAUGAACGCUAUCCAGACCGCCAAGCCACGGGGCUUCAACAUUGCACCUGUUGCCAUUGACAACGAGGGAAUGAUGGUGUCCGGCCCAGGCGGUCUACAAGACGUCCUGGAAAACUGGGACUUCACAAAGGGUCGUCGGCCGCACAUCAUGUACACCGUCACCAUUGGCCAGAACCCCACAUCUGGCACCCUUUCAGUCCAGCGACGCAUCGAAAUCUAUGCCCUCUGCGUAAAGUACGACAUUGUCAUCGUUGAAGACGACCCAUAUUGGUACCUGCAGUACCCCUCUUCACUGCCCAACGGAACCGCCCCCGUCGAGCCCCAAAAGUCGUCAGGUUUUGAGUUUUUGGAUAGUCUGAUCCCCUCAUAUCUCAGCGUCGACUACCAGGGCCGCGUGGUGCGCCUUGACACCUUUUCCAAGACUGUCGCCCCAGGGUGCCGUCUUGGCUGGAUCACUGCACAGCCUGCCCUUAUCGAGCGUCUCGUGCGUAUCACCGAGACCUCAACCCAGCAACCGUCUGGUUUCGUCCAAGCCAUGGUUGCAGAAUUGCUCAUGGGCCCGCAAUCGUCCAGAGACCCUGGAAAGGGAGGCGCAGCAGACGGAAGCGGCUGGAAAGUCGAAGGCUGGGUGCGCUGGCUCGAGGGCCUGCGGGGCAACUACGAGCGACGCAUGCAGAAAAUGUGUGACACGCUCGAUUCUGGCAAAGAGCUGGUCAAGGCCGGACGCCGCAAGAGUCUUGCUGAUGUCACCGACCAAGAAGAUGACUGGACGGUUGUCGAGAAGAAGCCCUUGUACACAUUUGUCCGCCCACUCGGCGGCAUGUUUGUAUGGGUCCGCUUCGACUUUUCAUCCCACCCUCUCGCCAGAGAAGUCCCACGUUCCCGCCUCUCCAGGGCUCUCUGGGUCUUCUGGACAACCAAGCCCUACCUCUGUCUUGUGGCUCCUGGCAGCAUGUUUGCUGCAAACGAGCAGAUUCGCCAAAAGGAUAGCUUCAACUGCUUUAGGCUGUGCUUUGCUGCCUGUCCUGCUGAAGACGUAGAGAAUAUCAGCACAAGAUUUGUUGAUGGCGCACAAGACUUUUGGAGAAUCAAGACCAAGGCCAAGAUUGACAAGUUGCUCGAGGAAGAGGAAGCGGCCAUGGCGGGAGGAGACAACAUCGCCGGCAUGUCCAUCUUGACCGGCAUGUGCUGA